AUGAUGCUUGAGGUAGAUUUGGCACUCGGGAUAGUCCCGGUGCGGUGGACGUUGUUGCUGCUGCUAUUGGGGACGACCACCUCUCCUACUGCCGCUGCUUGGAGAAGAGGAGACAUUUCUCUGUUCUUCCUGCCCGCACCCGAAGCAGAGGCCGUCAUCGAUCGAUAUCGAUCUUUGAGGAUGAGAUUAGUCCCGGUUCUGUCGGCGUUAGCCAUGGUGUUGUUGGGGUUCGUCCUCGGCUUUACUUUCCCGGCAUCGAUGACGCCCAAUCUUCAGUGUGGUGUACUGCCUUGGAGUGGCAGCGGUGCUGCAAACUCCAGCUCCAGUGACGGCAGCUUCCUGGGCAGACUCUGGGCACCAUUAUUCAGGAGCAGCAGUAGCACCUCAAAUGCCACUUCAGGGAUUGUGAAUGCUGCAAGGAGACCAGAAGGUGCAGGGAGGUUACCGCCGGGCAUCGUGGUUUCGGAGUCCGAUCUUCACCUGCGCCGGCUGUGGGGAUCCCCUACCAAGGACGCGCCGGUUCGGAAGUACCUCCUGACAAUGGCGGUAGGGUACAAGGAGAGGGUCAAUGUCAAUGCAACUGUUCAAAAGAUGACACUGGACUACACAUACAUAACGCAGUUCUCGGACAAGUUCGACGUGGUGCUGUUCCACUACGACGGCCACACGACGGAGUGGGACGACGAGUUCCAGUGGUCCAAGGAGGCCGUCCACGUCAGCGCCAGGAAGCAGACCAAAUGGUGGUUCGCCAAGAGGUUCCUUCACCCGAGCAUCGUGGCUCCGUACGACUACGUGUUCCUGUGGGACGAGGACCUCGGCGUAGAGAACUUCAACGCCGAAGCGUACAUUGACAUCGUGAAGAAGCACGGGCUGGAGAUCUCGCAACCGGCGCUGGACGCCACCAAGGGCCACAAGGCGUACGACGUCUCCGUCAAGAGAAACUCCGGCGAGAUGCACAAGACGGAUGCAGGGGGGGAGAAGUGCCCCGACGUGCACCAGCGGCCGUGCAGCGGGUUCGUGGAGGUGAUGGCGCCGGUCUUCUCCAGGGAUGCUUGGAGAUGCGUGUGGCAUAUGAUCCAGAAUGAUCUGGUUCACGGUUGGGGUCUCGACUUCAACUUCUGGAGAUGUGUCGAUGACCCUGAAGAGCAAUUUGGCAUCGUGGACACACAAUAUGUUGUCCAUCAUGGAGUGCCCACACUCAGAGAUCAGGGUAACGGAGAAAAGCAAGGAAGCAGGGCCAAGGUGAAAGACCGGCAAUACGCGGAGAUGCACGCCUUUGACUCAAGAAUGAACAAUGCCGACAAGGAGCUGGACAACUCUACCGCUAGAUCAUCAUCAUCCCAACCCUAA